AUGUCAGCGAUCCGCGCCUGUUCUUUCCAGCCAAUCCGAGGGAACCUCAUACCUCUAUAUAAACUGCAUCCGAACUCCUUUCAAUUCCCCGUUCCGAAAAAAACGAUAGCCAAGCGUGGAGAAAGGAAGAGUCAAAUAAAUCGCGUCCGUGCCCGUUCCGUUUCGACGAUCAAAAUGGCGCCGAAGCCGGCAGAGAAGAAGCCAGCGGAGAAGAAGCCCGCGGAGGACAAAUCGCCGACGGCGUCGGCGGAGAAGAGACCGAAGGCGGAGAAGAGAGUGGCGGAGAAAGGCGGGGACAGCAGCAAGAAGAAGAAGAAGGUGAAGAAGAGCAGCGAGACGUACAAGAUCUACAUCUUCAAGGUCCUGAAGCAGGUGCACCCUGACAUCGGGAUCUCCAGCAAGGCGAUGGGGAUCAUGAACAGCUUCAUCAACGACAUCUUCGAGAAGCUGGCGCAGGAAGCCUCCCGCCUCGCCCGGUACAACAAGAAGCCCACCAUCACGUCGAGGGAGAUCCAGACCGCCGUCCGAUUGGUCCUCCCCGGCGAGCUCGCCAAGCACGCCGUUUCCGAGGGCACCAAGGCCGUCACCAAAUUCACCAGCUCUUAAAAACAAAUUACAGAGGAAUUGUUACGCGAUGAUCAUCCGUUUCCCCGAAUUGGGGGUUUUCUUUCUUUUUGUUUUUUCCCAUCUUUAUUUUGGCUCAUGUUUCUGUUACGGUAGAUUACACAUUCUGUUGCAUCU